AUAAGCAUUCAUUCCCUACUCCAGCUUUCCGAGCCAAACAUGUUGCUCACUAAAACUGUCAUUCAAACAAAAAUAAAAUAGAUACAAACACCACAAUGGGCAACCAAUUUAAUAAUGUAGCUGUAAUAGCUUGCCUGAAGACCCUGCUUUUCGUUUUCAACAUUGUGUUCUGGCUGACGGGGCUUCUCAUCCUAGUUGGGGGCCUGUGGGCGGAGUUCGACCUUUAUAAGUAUAUGGAGUUGUCCCCAGAGUUCUCUGGGACCGCCCCGCUUGUGAUCAUUGGCAUCGCAAGUCUGAUAGUGCUCAUCAGUUCCAUCGCAUUCUCAUGCAUCAUUAAAGGACAACCUGUGCUGCUAUAUAUUUAUGGUGGAUUUCUGGUCUGCAUUUUUAUGAUGGAUGCGGGAGUUGGCGCUUCGGCGAUUUGUUACCGGGACACCUUUGCAAGAGGUCUACACGACGGGCUCACGAAAACGAUCAUAUCGUACAAUCCACAAAAGGCUAACUUUGACUUUGCUCAAUCGGCGUUGCAAUGCUGUGGGGUCUCCAACUAUACGGAUUGGAUGCGCCUGUCUCCCCAGCGUGUUAUCCCGAUCUCUUGCUGUCUGGAUAAAACUCGCUGUGUUACGGCUAACUACAGCGACGUUUUUCAAAGGGGAUGCUACGAGGUAUUAACGGAGUAUCUCACAAACAAUUUGAAUAUCCUGUUCGGAAUGGCUAUUGGAACAGCGCUCUUGCCUUUAAUGGGUGCUUUGUUGUCCUGUUCACUCGCCAGGUACAUUGAAAAAUCCAAGUAUGACGUUAUCAAUUGAAACCUACGCUCAACUAACGGAUAAAUUGAAUAUCGACUUUGAAUUUCAGGACCGAAUACUUAAUCAUUUAGACAGUUUUAAUCUAUUCAAAUACAUGUAAUUUACCGCCUUUUUGAACAUGUUAAAUCGUCUUCAUUGAAUUUCUUUAUAGGUACUAGGAUCCGGAUUUUGAUAACAAAUCUUGAGAAGGCUAGUCGUGAAUUGAACAGUAAUUAUUUUUAACCAGUUUUAAGACUCUCCAUAAUUAGUUACCAAUCGGUCAUGCAAAAUUUUUAAAAAGUUUUAAAACCUACUUCGUAACAACUUCCUGAUGACUACUAAUAAUAACUUACCUACCUCCGAUAAUAAAAAUAUAUAAUUUGCAACAGAGAUUUGCGGAGGUUAGUAGCAAUAAUACGGUCAGGAUAAUUUAACAAGUAACUUCGUUCUUUGUAGUUCCUAUAAUUUUUUUUUUUUUAAUUUUCACCUAAUAAAGAAAAGCCGCCGGCCGGACGACUGCGCUAGCACAGGCUACAGCCGCCUCUUUCGCCGCAGACUUACUCAAGCUAUUCAAUUUACGGCUAACCGUUUUGUAUAGCAAUUGUAUCAAUGUUUAACUUCUUCUUCUUAGGGUGCCGUCUCCUUACGAAGGUUGGCAAUCAUUAGGGCUAUCUCUACCUUGGAUGUACAAUGUUUAACUAUUACGUACUUAAUAUUAAUGUUUGUUACUGAACUUUAUAUUCUAUUACCUUCUUGAAAACUUGUCAAUUUUUCAUUGUAAAAAUUAAUAUUUAAG